AUGGCAGGCAGCUGUGUUCCAGUGAGCGAACACCCACACUGUCACAUUGUAUGCGCGUGUCCAUUUUGGGAAUCUCUCGACAGUUCUGGCUGGCCGGCACUGUCUCGUUUCGCCCUUGUCCUCCCUCAGUCGAAAAGACGCAACAGAGCAGCAAAGGAACAGCCGGCUGGCUGGAUAUCACCCUCCAAGCACUUUACUAAAAUGCAGCGGGGGGACGAUGGGGCUAGCACUUACACGCGAGACGAGCAGUGUAGCUCUUCGGAUGAUGCGCAGCAGGGAGAUGCUCUUCACACCGAUCGGUCCACUUCCGAACUGUCCAGGAAGCAACACCGUGAAAACGAGCAAGUCACCGGAGCAACUAAUGCGCCGUUCAGGAGGAGCGACGGAAGGGACUGGAGUGCUCGAAUUUGUGCGUCAAUUGCCCGCUUGAUGGAGAUUGAUGGCAUCAGUAUGGACUCAAAGGGAAGUACGAAUCGAGAAGAGAAGACAAAAGCGAAGGCUGCAGAACAAGCCUUUAAUGAACGGGUUGACCGAUUGGAGGCAGCGACUACGGCUGCCCAUAAGAAGCACUGGGACAGGUUACAGGACAUGUACUCGGCCUCCACCGCAAAGAAAAUGAGGUUGACGUCGGCAAAACCAUCGCGUACGACCAUGGCAGUGCAGACUCGAUACGAUAACGAAGCACUAGCCGCAUUGGCCAUGGCCGCUGCUCCUCAGACACAACUCGCGAAGGAACAAGACACUUGUUCAGAAGAUGCCACGACGAAGAUGCGACAAUUCGAGCGACUCGAACAUUUACUGGACAAUUCCAUGGCUCUGGGCGAUGUUCCAGGUGAUACAGCAGGCAGCAGACGUAAACCAGUGCAAGUGCACGACCCGGGUCUGACCCAGGCAGUCGGCAAACUCACGGACAAGUUGAUGCAGCUCCUCGUUCAGCAUCAACUCGCGUCCGAUGCGGCAGCUGCUGAGCCUAUACUCGCUGCUGCAGCAGCUAUCGCUUUGGAGGCGACUGAGAUGCAGCGCCGUGAGAAAGUGGCGUUGGAACGCAUGACGGAGAUUGAAGAACAUCGCCUGGAGAUUAUGCAGGGACUUGUGGAAUACGAGAAACGCAAGGAAAAGCGAGAAAAACGACGAGGUCGAAAGCGUAGGGCGUCGGACUAG